AUGACAUCGAUUUGCGAGAGCGUCGGGCGCUUUUUUUUUGGGCAGCUUCGAGAAGCAGAUGUUCAAGAGAAGGACACGGAAAGAGCUUGGUACCACGACCCCACUAACGAAGAGGUUGCAAACAAAGUUAUUUCUGUUUUAUUGCAAGUCAAAAGUAGCCGUCAGAUCAAGAAAACCGACUUGCUGGACAUUGUCGAUGGGCAGGGGUGGUCGGAGGAUAUUGCCAAGUCUAUACUCGAACAACUAAGCAAGAUCCUGAAAGAUGGUGCGGAUUUGAGUGAAGAGUUGAAAAGAAUAUCGGAUGCUGCCGAAGAAUGCACUCAUAUGUUUUUCGAGUUCGUUGAAAAGCAUCCUGAGGCGGCGACCAUCUUCUUCACCCUUGUGGCGAUUGGUGUAUUAUCUUUGCUAAUGCCCUGGGUCCUCGAGACGUUGGGGUUCACUCUGGAGGGGCCCCUCGCAGACUCAUUCGCAGCCUGGUGGCAAUCGCGAUACCUGGGUUACGUUCCUCGUAAUUCCUGGUUUUCAUUCUUUCAACAACUGGCAAUGAAGCAUUGA